CGAACAUAGUAAUAAAAAAGGAAUAUCCACCGUUUUGUUUCCUUUUUCUUAAAAUCAUCGGUAGUUAAGAUGUUUUACAAACCCCUCGUCCUUAGGGUUUAUCUUACCGCCAUCAAAACGAACCUCUAACCUAUGAUCAAAUGUGAAGUUUCUACAGAUUACCAAUAUUGCAGAGAAAAAAGGAUGGAAGCCAGAGUGGGGAUGUCAGCUCGCGGCGGCAGCGUUGCAGAGGGCGGGUCGUUUCUGCCGCAGCACCACCACCAGCGUCUGAAACACCACCAGUAUCACACGCACCAGCACCCACAGAAUUCGCAGACGCAAAUCGGAACUGUGCCGCAGCUUCUUGCCGGUGGUAUUGCCGGAGCUUUCAGCAAGACAUGCACUGCCCCCUUAGCUCGUCUCACGAUUCUGUUUCAGGUUAAUAGUGAACACCUUGUUAAUUCAUUUAAAGUUAACACUACAAACGAUUUAUAUUAUUUAUUACCUCUAUCAAGAUAAAUAUCACUCCAAAUAUUAGUUAAAGCCACUUUUCCAAUUUAUUGUGUCACUGGAUUUGUAUAUAUAUAACGGCUUAUGGAAGAUGGAACGCUGUGAUUCUGUGAAACUGUGUCUUUCUAGUUUGGCGGGGGUGGGGGUGGCAGCGAGGGCGGAUAUGGCUCUAUUUAAAAACCAACCUGUCGCAAUAAUGUAUCAGUAUUCACUAUUCAUUAAUGGGUUCUAGAUGUUUUUUUCAGUUGAUUAUCUCUGUUUCUAUUCUCACUAGAGAAAUACUCCUUAGUUGUUUGUUUAGCUUUUUCACUCCUGAAAUCUGUCUUCUUACUAAUAAAUGCUUUUUCAUAGUUUCAGAAACGCCUCUCUUGUGUUUGUAUAUAAAUAUUAUGCACAUCCAAAUGUGUGUGUGCACAAGCUCAGUUCUUGGUAUUGGACUUAUUUUCUAUUUCUAUGUCUUAGUUGAUCCAAAUAUAUAAGUAUUUCCCUUUAUGUAGCACCUAUUGACUUUAUUCUAAGAAGCGCUUGGCAAGUGAGUUUAAGGCCUAGGAAGGACUAGGUGCUGAUUAGUAGAACAUAGAUUUACUGAUUUAGAUGUUGAAUGGUGUCAUAGUUCAUAGUUGUCAAUGGCGCAAUAUGGUGGGCACAUGUGGUGCCUCACCACAAAUAUCCCUCAUGGCAACGACUCUACACGUGGUGGCACCAUAUGUGCGCCAUAUUUUUGAACAUAAUUUAAUAGGUUUACUCAGGUACUUUUGGGCUUUAACCCUAAUAAUUAAUUAACUAACCACUCUGCCUAUAAUAUUAAUAGAACUCUAAUAAGGAGUACACAAAUACACUAGCUAACAUAAAGCAAGAAAAAUUGCUUGAAUAACUUAAAGACAGAGCCAGAAAGUUGCACAAGAAUGGAACGACUAAAGGGAAACAGCACAUCACAUCAGCUACAAGACAAAGAUGAGACGGACAAGAUUGAAGAUCCUUCUGAGAUGCAAUUAAUGAGGAUGAAAUUAAUCAGAUUCAUGUCCAGAUGAUGAUUAUGAGUGUGAUAAUUGAUGAUGAUUACAUCAUAAUCAUCAAACACAAACAAGUUGGCAUAUUUUAAAAGGUCUGAAACUUUUUUAUAUAAAUUUAUUUUUUGGAGCUUCUCUAAACUACUUCAACUUCACAUGUUUUGGUUAGAAUGUGGGCAUUCAACUUUUUUUGCAUCUUUUGGAGGUUGAAUCAGGAUGUUUUUUACUUGGACUGGUUUUAGUUCCAGACCAGAACACAUCAAUCUAGAUGUUUCAUGUGGUGACCCAAUAUAUGCGCCAUCCUCCACAGCCAUGGACAAAUGCCUUGGCGGGACUGUCGCCAAUGACAACCAUGACUGGGGUCCAAGGCAUGCAUUCGGAUGUGGCAGUGUUAAGUAGACCAAGUAUAUUCCGUGAGGCUUUGCGGAUUGUAAAUGAAGAAGGAUUCAGAGCUUUCUGGAAGGGAAAUCUUGUCACUAUUGCUCACAGACUUCCGUAUUCUUCAGUCAACUUUUACGCUUAUGAACACUAUAAGAAAAUCCUGAAAUCUAUUCCAGGCUUGUAUGGUAAUGAGAGACAUGCUAGUGCAGAUGUACUUGUGCAUUUUGUAGGUGGUGGUUUAGCUGGAAUGACAGCUACCUGUGCCACCUACCCUUUGGAUCUUGUCAGAACAAGGUUGGCAGCACAGAGGAGUACAAUUUAUUAUCAGGGCAUUUCCCAUGCCAUCAGCACCAUCUGUAGGGAUGAGGGCUUCUUUGGGCUGUAUAAAGGACUUGGAGCAACAUUAUUGAGUGUUGGACCUAGUAUAGCAAUAAGCUUCUCUGUUUAUGAAUCUUUGAGAUCUCAGUGGUUAGCUCACAGGCCUGAUGAUCCCAAUCUUCUCAUUAGUCUUACUUGCGGAAGUCUUUCGGGAAUCGCAUCAUCUACAGUGACAUUUCCUUUAGACCUAGUGAGGCGACGAAUGCAGUUGGAAGGAGUGGCUGGGCGUGCACGCGUGUACCACAGUGGUCUGUUUGGGGCAUUUAGGCACAUAAUUCGAACCGAAGGUUUCCGAGGGUUUUAUAGAGGGAUUAUGCCCGAGUACUACAAAGUUGUCCCUGGUGUGGGAAUUGUUUUCAUGACGUACGAGGCACUGAAGAAGUUUUUAUCUGAAUCUCCCUUUGCUUGAUUGAUUUUCAUCUUUGGAAAUUUGAACGGUUCUGCAAGUUCCCAUGCUCUGAGAGGCCCUCCGAUGGAGAAAACAGUUUUGCGCGCUACUAAAAUGCUAAGCUAGAAAAGUCGAAAAAUAUUGAGUAGGUAAAUUAUAACACUCCCAUGUUGUCUCUAUUAUCUUAGCAUCGAACUUUUAUUUUUCACUGUGUAUAGCCCAUUAGCUCCCCACCCCACAUUGAAGUGUUGUCCUACAUAAUUGCUGCACUUUUUUUUUGGCCCUUUUUGUUUAUUUUCAGGAGUCCUGUAGCUUAGCAUUUUAUUUUCUGAAGCAACUCCAGAUGAAUUUUGUUAGCUGAUGCGUUUCUUUUGGGCUUUGUAUUGACAGUGAAAUAUUAUUAAUUAAAUUUAAUUAUCAGCUGAUUGUUACUAGGUCAUUAUUAUAA